GGCGCUUUCGAAUCUCAUGAAUGUGAGUAGUUUACCUAGGGUUUUGAGUAGUUUGGUGUUAUUACACUCUUUAAAAUGAUUUUUAACACUGCAAUCAAUGUGUAUCAUUGCUUUAAAUUAAGAUAUUCAUUGAAUUACACUUAUGCGACGUCAUAUCAUAUGCGAACAGUUAACCAAAGUCCCGAAAUCCUGUCACAUGCCUUACUCGUCAAGUUCACACGUUCCUCUACUCCCUUCAGAUGCACGCCAUAAAUUGCAGCUCAGAAAAUGCUACAAUGAUUCGGCAAAUAUGGGGAAAACAGAUAUAAGGCGGCAUGUGCGGGAUACUGAUCAUGAUACUUCUUUACGACUUGGUAUCAAACGGAGAUACAAUUCACGUGGCAACAGUAAUGCGGUCAACUAUCAUUCGGGAGAACAAAAGCGAAUAAGAAAGUCAAGCCCCGGCUAUGGCUUUCCUAGUGCAGAAAAUCAUAACUCUGAUGAAGAAUGGAAUCUGGGAAUAAACAAAACUGUCCCUCGUAAAGUAACUAGUUUAUCUAGGAAUCCUCUGUUAAGUAUUCGACCACAUGGUUACGGGAAUCGAUUUCAAGGUUACGAUCCCAAUCAAGCUACUGUACCCAACAAAUUCAAAAACUACAGGCUGGAUGUUAAUAAUGCUAAUCAAAAUAUGGAUAAUGAGCAACUUUUAAUGUUGUAUUACAGUCAUAUGUAUCAACAGUACUACCGAACUUAUACGGCGACUGCUCUCUCAUUGUCAAAUUAUCCCAAUGCUGACUUACUACCUGCCGUUGCGGCUGCAGCUGCUAACAAUUCAGGUAUUCCAUCGGAUCUAACUUCUAUAGGAUCGGUACUAUCAAGUGGUAAUAGUUUUGAUUUUUCCAAACAUAAUCGAGAUGUAAAUAUACGUGGAAGGCGUCCAAAAAAAUAUCAUAAGCAUGAGUCAUCCAAUGUUUCUUCCCAUUCACCUGGACAACGUCAACACUCACAUUCCCGUACUUUUCGAUCUAAUAGAACAAACGACUCUUCUCGUUCCUCUGUGAAAGAUACAGUUGCAAAAGGGAAAGGAUUUAGAAAAAGAGAAUCACCUAUCAAAGUAAAAAAGACAGAAUGCACUUCUGAAGAAAGUGAUGACCAUUGCCCAGAUUACGUCAGUAAUGAUCAGCUUUGUAAAGGGAACUCAGCAAAUGCUGAUAAUGAAAUUCAACAGAAAUCUUCCAGACGCGUUGUUCGUAGACGCUCGACUGUUGAAACUACUACGUCAACCAGACAGAAAGAGGAGUCAGUUCAUGACGAAGAUAAUUCCAAAGUAGUAACAUCAAAUACGUCUGAAAUUGUUACUGAGUCUAAACAAUCAUUCGGAGCUAAUAAUGAAGUUAGCACCACAGAAGCAGUGUCACCGAAUGAAACUGAAUCUGUUGAAGAAGGUGAGGCUAAGGAUGAUGAUACAUAUAGUGAGGAAAGCGAAGAAAAUGAAGGCGUACUUGAAGAAUCAUCAAGCGAAAACGAAGCUGACAGCUCACGUGAAACAGUUAGCUCAAAUCAACAAAACCAGAAAAAGGCGAAUAAUUUAUCAGAAUCAAAAUCUUCAAAGGUACAGAAAACUUCUACAUCCUCGACAUUUAGCCGAGUUGCAGCAGAAGGCAAGAGACGACAUGUUGAAGUCCUGCCUACUGACACUUUACUUCCUACGUCCACUGAGUUUGAUCAUGAACGUGGACCACUUUUACCUACACCAGUGGAUGUAGAUAGACGACAUUUAAGAUUUCGUAACUCUGGUAAUGAUUUAUCAUUAUUCCCUGGUUGUGCUACAUCACCUCAUAUUCCAAAUGUCUUGGAAGCUGCUGCACUAAUGUCAGGUCUUUGUCCAUCUCUAUUUCCGUCUAUGAAUCCAUCGAAUUUGUUAAAUACUCUAAGAUGUCCUCCUGUUGAUUUCGCUCCACCAUUUUGUGAUCUAUUUAAUUUACCAAACCCAAUUGAAAUUCAGAAACAAAUAAAUAGUUUAAAGUUGAACUGCCAUCCUCCAUCUGAGUCAUCAGAACCUAAGUCUGGACGAAGUAAACAUGAGAACUCCAAAAUAAGAAGUGAUGUCAGGGAAAUUCGUUCCACGUUUAAUAAAAAUUACAACAUGAAAACUCGACAUGGGAAUGACUCGGACACUGAAAGUAAUAGUUCUUCUGGUUCAGAUUAUCAGUCUAAUGUUGUAGUACGCAAAUCUGUUAAUAGACCACUAUCUUCAGAUAGAUGUAUGUUUGAAACCCCAAAGAACAAGCAUUCAGGGAAAUUUUCAACAACACGUAAAGUGAAAGAUAAAAUGAAAAAAGAACAGGAACCAGUAUCAGACAAACAAGAAUUCUCCCGUAAAGGCAACAAAUAUAUGUCUCCUGAUGAUGCGCCUGGUCCGUCAGAUACAAAUUCUAAUAAACCAGUCUCGCGUGUUCCACGAGGUCCUAGAACACCGUCUAGUCCACCGUUAUCUUCUCAGGAUGAAGAUGAUUCUGGUGGUACAUGUUCACAUUAUGAUUUAUCCCGUGAAUCUUGCUCCAGAAGUUCUCUUAAUAAUAAAACGCGUAGACAAAAUGAGAUAACUAGUUCCAUAUCAGGUCGCUGUUUGGAUUCAUCGAAUUCAAAUGAAAAUCUAUCUGUAAGAAAACCUGUUGUGUGUACAAAUUCUCAAUCGUCAAAUAACAGAUCACCGAAGACACGCUCCUCAAAGCAUAAUACUAAAAUAAUGCAUGGUCGAGAUUAUCACAGCUCCAACUGUUCCAACUCGUCCACUUCCGCAUCUACUUCUCGGUCAAAUUCUUAUGGAGCUCCAAAUGUCUGUAAUACUUCCAAUAAAAGAAAGAGAUCUACAAAUCGACAUAUUACACAUUCCAAUGUAGGCAUGUCCUACGAAGACAAUUCCCCCAACCAAUCAUCACAGUUUGCAAAUUUUCGUAGCGAUGAUACUGGUGAUAGCAGUGACAGUUCGGAUCAACAAAACCGUGCACUACCUGCAGCCUAUGCAAAUCCUCAUCAAACCGACCGACAUCGGUCACAUUCAUCCGGUGAUGUUGAACCUCCACCUGCUCCUUCUCCUCGUAGUUCAUCUUCUUCCACUUCGUCUUCAUCAUCCUCUCGUUCAUAUUGUCACAUUCGCUCAAGUUCAAGUAAUCUUCCAGAAAAUAACAAGAUCCAAGUAAUAUCAUCUGGUUCUUCACGUCAUUCAUCAACGUCUCAAUCACAAGACAGAGGUAGACGUAAUCAAUCGAGGUCGCGACGGCAAGGUAUUAAACCGAAAUCAAAAAAACUAAAUGAUAGCAAUGAUCACAAUCGACAAACCCGCUCUUUAAAAGAAAAGAAAACGCUGCCUGCAUCCGUAUGCCAUAGAAGUUCUGAUUCUGAUGAUGACAUCGAUGACAAAAAUAGAAGAGAAAUAUCGAAUCCGGUUUAUAGUUACCGUGAUUCUUCAUCAGAUCUCAAAGAUAUCUCUUCUAAAGAGUCAUCCAUUUUGAGACGUGGUGAAGAUGGUUGUUCUGACGUUUCUGAGGAUGAGAGCUCAACACCAGGUAAUCGAAAUGUGCGUAGACAGUCCUCUCGUUCUCCAACUUCUUCUUACACUUCUUCAAGAAGUACUGAUCGCAAUGUGCCAAAUCGUAGAAAUAAAGAAAGAGUGAUAGAGAACAAAUACAAACAUUCCAAGCGAAAGCCAUGUACUCCUGAUUCAUCAUUAUCGAAUACUCGCAAAUAUGGGCAGUCUAAAAACCGGAAUGAACAUAAUAUUGAAGAAAAACAUUUUAAUAACAACCGUAAACGUGCUUUACUUUCUCCACCAACGAGUACAAAACUUGAAACUAAAAUAUGGAGAUCAAGAAAAGGUUAUGUCAAUGAAGUUCCCUCUUCAUCUUUACGACAUCCUCAACUUCCAAACUCUCAUCGCUCAGUGAACAAGAAAGUUUUUCAUGGGCAAGUUACUUCGAAAACAUCCAGGCGUUCGAGUUCUAUAAAAAAUCAACGAGAAGAAAGUUCUUGGUCAACAAUGGCUCAUGAACGUCAUACUCGCGAUGAUCAUUAUGUUAGUAAGUCAUUUAAAUCUGGAACUAUGCAUAUUGAUAUGACUGAUAGUUCAUCUCGAUCGAGACCACCUCGUUUUGGACAUACAACCAAUAACAAGGAUACUAAUAGUAUGCGACAAAAUUACGCCUCUAGGAAUUAUCCUGUAAAACAUUCACACAUUAAAACAGAUGUACAUGACUCAAAAUUACAUUGGUCUAAAAGUGGCAACUCGAGAAAUUUUCGCCCACCAGUUACCUCUUCGAGUCAAUCACCUAUCGGCAGAGUUGGAAAACAUGUUGGGGCAUCAAAUGAUCAUCAUCAUCACCAGAAUGCGCGUAAAAAACAAACAGAUAUUGUAUGGGAGCCUGGUCCUAAAAGUAUUAAAAAGGUGAAUAAUAACUAUUCAACUAAAGUUUCCAGUUCUAAAGCACUUUUAAAAACACCUGAAACAACUUCACGGCGUGCAGAUCAUCAUCAUCAUAGUCAACAUGAGUCGUCUAGAGACUCUGAAUCUCAUAAUUCCGAUUCUUCAAGUAGCUCAUCUUCUCCUGAAGAAGAAGACGAUGAUGAAGUUGUCGAUGAUGUUGACGGUCAUCUGAUCUAUAGUAUUGGUGAUCGUUUAUUGAAUCGAUAUGAAAUUGUCAAGACACUUGGGGAAGGUACAUUUGGUAAAGUUGUUGAAUGCAAAGAUCAUGUACAAAAUCGUAGAAUUGCUUUGAAAAUUAUCAAAAAUGUUGAUAAAUAUCGUGAAGCUGCUAUGCUUGAAAUCAAUGUUUUAAAUUUCUUAAAUGAACGUAGUGCAAAUGUUGAACAUUUAUGUGUAACCCUGUUGGAUUGGUUUGAUUAUCAUGGACAUAUUUGUUUGGCAUUUGAUAUACUUGGAUUAUCUGUUUUUGAUUUCUUGAAAGAAAAUAAUUAUGUCGGUUAUCCAAUGGAACAUGUUCGUCAUAUAUCUUAUCAAUUAUGUUAUGCUGUUCGAUUUUUACAUGAUAAUCAAUUAACUCAUACAGAUUUAAAACCAGAAAAUAUAUUAUUUGUUGAUUCAGAUUAUAUAUCAGUACAUAAUCGUAAAAAACGUCGACAUGAACGUAUGGUUAAAUGUUCCGAUAUACGUUUAAUUGAUUUUGGUUCAGCAACAUUUGAUUAUGAUCAUCAUUCUACAAUUGUAUCAACAAGACAUUAUCGUGCACCUGAAGUAAUACUUGAAUUAGGUUGGUCUCAACCAUGUGAUGUUUGGUCAAUUGGAUGCAUCAUGUUUGAAUUGUAUACAGGUUAUACACUAUUCCAAACUCAUGAUAAUCGUGAACAUUUAGCUAUGAUGGAACGUACUUUAGGUCAUAUUCCUUAUCGAAUGACUAGAAAGUCACGUCGAACCAAAUACUUUGAUACAUCCGGCAAUCUUUUAUGGGAUGCACAAUCACGUGAAGCCAAAUAUGUUCUGACACAUUGUCGUCCAUUCCGGCGUUAUUGCAAAGAUGAAAGUCAAGAUACACUUGAUCUAUUUGAUUUAAUGUCUAAGAUGUUAGAAUAUGAUCCAGCAGAUCGUAUUCCUUUGUCUGCAGCACUUACACAUCCAUUCUUUUUACAUUUACCAUCACAUCAACGUUUAACAUAUACUCUUCAUCCAUCAGAUACAAUUCCACCUAAUGAACGUCGUACAUCCGGUUCACGUAGUGGAACAAAUAAUCAACAACCAUCAACAACAGCGAAUAAUGGCUCAUCGUCUUCAUCAUCAGUAUCAUCAGAUGUUAAGCGUAAUAGGUGAAGAUCGUCACUGGAUAAUAAUUAGUAUUUUUAUUCUAUCAACAUUGAUAGUUAUCAGUUAAAAUUGUAAUGUUUUUGUUUUUGCUUUUCACUUAUUUUAUCUCCUCAAAUUGAGAAGAAGAAGAAAAUCAUACCAUUUUUCUUUCGAAAUAAUAAUAAUAAUAAAACUCCUCCUCGAAAUACUUCACUGUUCAAUUUGUUUUAUGGUGUUCAGCACACUAAUAUAUGUUACAAUAAACACAUAUAUUUUGUUGUUCAUGUAUAUAGAGCUUUGUAAUAUGUUUAGUGUGUGAAGAUUGCUAAAGUCUCUAUCUUUCACUUAUCGUUAUUGUUGUCGUUGCCGUCGCUAUCAUUGUCUCCUUCCUCUUCGAAUUCUUGAUAUUCUUUUUUCCUAAUGAAAAGAAGGUUGGUAUGAAAAAGAUAUUUUGAAGUUUGAGCAUUACAAACAUUACUUUCAUUCUUACCUACUGUUAUCAUGCUGUCAGAUACACAUAUACAUAUUGUCUGUUCUCUUCUUCCCAUCUCUGUAUGUUUAUUGUCUUUCGUUGGUAUUUCAGUUAUUAUCCUUUAACCUUCUUUUUAUUGCUUGAGACUAUGGGUCAUCUAUUCAUAUGUACUUGUAUGUGUUCUUGUUUACAUUUGAUAAAUUUCUUCCUGGUAAAUGAUGAAUAGUUCAUCAGUUACUGUUUUCUUGGUUGGUUAUGUUUUUGAUUGCUAUCGUGUAGAGAGAAAAAAAAGAAAGUUUUGCUUGUUUCAACGUUUAUAUAUGUAUACAUUAUUGGGAUUCAUAGACUUGGAUCGAUAAUAAAAAGGAUGUAUUUGCAUAUGACUCGAUGUUCCGUUUGAAUUACUGACGUGAUACAGCUCAUCUAUGUCAUGUAUGUGUGUGUGUGUGAUGAUAAUGUACACUGAACUUUUUUUGAGUACUUAUAGGUGCUAAGUUUUUGUUUGAAUUUCUUCAUGUGGUCAAAAUCAAAUAAGAAUGCAUGCUAAACAAUGUAUCUCAUUUCUUUUUUGUUCCCCUGUCAAGCAUUCUAUCAUAAAUAUCAGUGAAAACAACAGGUCAGUGAUUGUUUGUCUAAUGAAUAUUCUAAUGAGUCUGAUUAAUGGAAGCCCUUCUCAACAUUAUUCUAUUUCAUUCUUUCUAAUGUUCUUUUGUACCCUUUUUUUCUCUUUCACUUUCUCUCGCACAUAUAUUGUACACCAUGUUUUCUUCAUUUAAUGAUCAUUAUCAUAAUUAGUUUGUAUGAAUCUGUUGUCAUUCAAUAUAGCAAUGUGUUUUAAUGAAUUAUCAGUUGGUUUGUUAUGCUUGAUAGUAUUCAUUUUAUUUUACAAAUGAAUGAUGAAUUAAUGAAUCAUUAUUAUUGAAUAAUAAUAAGUAGUAACAUAGAGUUACAUUACAUGUGUCAAUUGAGAAUAUGUGUAUACAUUAAUGUUAGUUGGUUUUGCUUUAUCAAUCUUUAAUCCCUAUUCUCUUGGAGAUUGUGUUUUAUCUUUUUUGUUGUUGAUGAUAUAAAGAAGAAUAAUGUGACAAAGUAUGUAAUGAACAAUCCAUCCAGUUAACUACUAAUAUCGUUACAUAUAUAUUAUAUUGAUUAGAACAAACAAUUGUAUGCUAUAUUUUCUCUAAUGUUUCUCUUCUUCUGUUUUGUUUUGUUUUUAAAACAAUGCAAUCCUAUAUCUUGUCUUUUGUUCUCUUUCUCUCGGUCUCUUUCUGUCUUUUCUCUUUUUUCUAGUAAUUUCAAUGUAAAAUGUUCAUAUGUUUUCACAAAAUACACAUACAGAAAAAAUUAAUAAGUGAACAAUUAUUAGUUGU